AAAUCAGAGCCCUCUGUUUAUAAUCUUGACAUGCACUCGAAGAAUUAAGCUGUAGCGUAUAAUGAACUUGACGAAACAGGCUCUUCCUCACUUCGAAAACAUUCAACGCUCAAUCUUCCACACCCUCAAUUCACUCAAAUCUUCUCUAUCACAGACGCAACAAGCCCAUGCUCACAUUCUCAAAACCGGCGUCUCCAAUGACUCGUAUCUUGCGACGAAGCUUCUAUCUCAAUAUGCAAAUCACCAAGAUUUCUAUGACGCAAACCAAAUCCUUUCUUCUACCCUUGACCCGACAGUCUUUUCUUACUCUGCUCUUAUCUUUGCCUACACGAAACAAAAUCAUUUCGCUCAAUCACUCCGGGUAUUCACUCAAAUGCUUUCGCAUGGCCUGGCACCUGAUACCCACGUGUUGCCUAAUAUUCUUAAGGCUUGCACUGGGUUGUUGGCGUUGGAAACUGGAAAACAAGUUCAUGCAAUGGUGUUUGUGUACGGGUUUGAUUUAGAUUCGUUUGUUCAGGGUUCUUUGAUUCAUAUGUACUUAAAAUGUCAGAACAUUGGGAACGCUCACAAAGUGUUUGAUAGAUUGGCCCAGCCGGAUGUGGUUACUUUUAGUGCUCUGAUUGCGGCUUACGCGCGAUAUGGGUGCGUGGGUGAAGCGAAAAAACUGUUUAACGAGAUGGGUCGUGUAAGAGUGGAACCCAAUGUGGUGUCCUGGAAUGGUAUGAUUGCAGGGUUUAAUCAGAGUGGACAUUGUGAAGAGGCGGCUCUUUUGUUUCAAAGGAUGCAUUUUGAAGGAUUUAGGCCUGAUGACCAUAGUGUUUCUAGUGUUCUUUCAGCUGUAGGCGACUUGGAGAACCCCAAAAUUGGGAUUCAGAUUCAUAGUUUUGUGAUCAAGGAGGGCUUGUUGGAGGACAAGUGCGUUGCUAGUUCUCUUAUUGAUAUGUAUGGAAAGUGUGCGUGUACGUGGAAUAUGUCAAAAGUGUUUCAUGAAAUGGACAAUUUGGAUGUAGGUGCCUGCAAUGCUUUUGUUACAGGUCUCUGUAGGAACGGUCUUAUUGACAAUGCAUUGGAGGUCUUUAGGCAAUUCCAGAGCCAAGGUGUGGAAUUGAAUGUUGUGUCCUGGACCUCUGUGAUUGCUGGUUGCUCUCAAAAUGGGAAAGGCAUUCAGGCAUUGGAACUUUUUAGAGAGAUGCAGGCAGCUGGGAUAAAGCCGAACAAUGUUACAAUACCUUGCUUGCUAUCAGCCUGCGGAAGUAUUGCAGCAUUGAUGCUUGGGAAGGCAGCUCAUUGUUUUUCUAUCAGAAGAGGAAUAUCUGAUGGCAUUUACGUGUCUGGGGCGCUAAUUGAUAUGUAUGCAAAGUGUGGAAGGAUUCAAAUGUCACGACUCUGCUUUGAUAUGAUGUCAUCCAAAAACUUGGUUUGCUGGAACGCGAUAAUGGGUGGAUAUGCAAUGCAUGGAAAGGCUAAAGAAGCUCUAGAGAUUUUUCAUUUGAUGCAAAAGAGUGGAGAGAAGCCUAGUAUUAUUAGCUUCAUUUGUGUGUUAUCUGCCUGUAGUCAGGCUGGCCUAACUGAUGAAGGCUGCAAAAUUUUUGAUAGCAUGGGCAAAAAGCAUGGUAUUGAAGCAAGGAUGGAGCAUUAUGCUUGCAUGGUGACCCUUCUAGGGCGUUCUGGAAGGCUAGAAGAGGCAUAUAAAAUGAUUGAGCGAAUGCCUUUUGAGCCAGAUGCAUGUGUUUGGGGAGCUUUGCUUAGUUCUUGUAGAGUUCACAGUAAUGUGAAUUUAGCUGAGGUUGCUGCUAAAAAUCUCUUUGAACUGGAACCUGCAAAUUCUGGGAACUACAUACUCCUGUCCAAUAUAUAUGCAUCCAAAGGCAUGUGGAUUGAGGUUGAUGCGGUGAGAGAUAUAAUGAAAGCUACAGGUUUGAGGAAAAGCCCUGGCUGUAGUUGGAUUGAGGUGAAAAACAAAGUGCACAUGCUUCUUGCUGGAGAUGAAUCACAUCCUCAAAUGGACCAAAUCAUGGAUAAGUUAAAUAAAUUAUAUAUGGAGAUGAAGGAGUCAGGUUACUUUCCAUAUACUGACUUUGUGCUGCAGGAUGUGGAGGAGCAGGAUAAGGAGCAGAUCUUGUGUGGGCACAGUGAGAAGUUGGCUGUAGUGCUUGGACUUCUUAAUAGUCCACCGGGAGCUCCUCUUCAAGUGAUUAAGAACCUAAGAAUCUGUGUUGAUUGCCAUGCUGUAAUAAAAUUUAUUUCCAGUUUUGAAAGGAGAGACAUAUUUGUUAGAGACACUAAUAGGUUCCAUCAUUUUAGAGACGGAGUUUGUUCUUGUGGGGAUUAUUGGUGAAUAUACUUUAUGGCCACCCCGGGAAUGUAGCAUCAUUCAUUGACUCUUGAAAAGAAGGAACUGAAAUUUUGUGCAAGGCAGAGCUGGAUGAUUGGUCAUAGAGCCUGUAUAAUGUAACUUUGGUAGCAGAUAUUUGGGUCUUAUAGGAAAGAAGACAGGAUAUCCAAAGCUUGCUACAUCUGCCCACACUUGCCAUUUCUGGGUUUUCUGCUGACACUGGUGACAAUCAUUAGAAUAUUUUUUGAAUGAAACUACUUUGAAAGCAGUUUUAAAUGUUUGAUUCAAAUCCAUUUUAGUGAGUAUCUUCUGGAUUUUGGGCAUCUAAUGAAGUACUAAAUACUCUGCAAGAUAGGUGCACAUAUGAGUCAAUUAAUGUCAAAACAUUUUUCAGGUUCUGAUGCAUGAUGGUUGAACCUUUAUCAGGUUGAAAGUAAUUAACAUUCUUUGCUUGUGGUGCUUCUGCAUUGGUGGAGUAGAGAACAGAGACUGGAAGCACUCAUCAGUUUCUGGCUUGCAAUUUCUGUCAUAGAUCCAUGCACAUGCGAAGCACAUGCACUUAUGGAGGGACAAAAACAUGAAAUGUGUCUCUCUGGCAGCCCAGAACUUCACCUUUCUGUCAUGACAAACUCUUGAGCCUGGUCUUGAAUUAGAGAUUAGGCUGAAUUUUGCAUUUGCUUCUUUUGUCAGUAGGCAGUAUAAUCUAGGAUUAUUAUUUUGUAUUUGUAGGUUCAUUCAUACACACAGAGGAGAAAAGAUACACUUUUUCAUGCCUACCCUCUCCAGAUUUUGCAUAAUUUUGAGCUAACACAGGGUGUUAGCAACUGUAAUUUAUGUAUUUUCAAUUAGGGAUCUAUCACACCAUUUGUUAAUUGCUAGAUAUUGCAGGCUGAUUAUUUUUUAUAAGAUAUAACAUCAGUUGUGGGAUAUGCUUAUUCA